AUGGCUGGACGGAAACUUGCUCUAAAAACCAUUGACUGGGUAGCUUUCGGGGAGAUCAUCCCUCGAAACCAGAAGGCCGUGGCUAACUCCUUGAAGUCCUGGAAUGAGACCCUAACCUCCAGGUUGGCUGCUCUGCCCAAGAAGCCACCUGCCAUCGACUGGGCUUACUACAAGGCCAACGGGGCAAAGGCUGGCUUGGUGGACGAUUUUGAGAAGAAGUUUAAUGCCCUGAAGGUUCCUAUACCGGAGGAUAAAUACACUGCCCAGGUGGAUGCUGAAGAAAAAGAAGAUGUGAAAAGUUGUGCUGAGUUUUUGACUCAGUCAAAGACCAGGAUUCAGGAAUAUGAGAAAGAGCUGGAGAAGAUGAGGAACAUAAUUCCAUUUGAUCAGAUGACCAUUGAGGACUUGAAUGAAGUCUUCCCAGAAACCAAAUUAGACAAGAAGAAGUAUCCCUACUGGCCUCACAGGCCAAUUGAGAGCUUAUAA